AUGAAAAACUAUUUCCGAUAUCCAAGCACGAGGCGGAAAGAAUAUCCUCCCACCAUCACAACCGCUCGUUCAGCAUAUUGCAAUGGAAAGAUCCUUUGCACGAUCGUCAUCAUUACACUCCUAGUCUUUGGUAUUUUGAAGGAUGUUCAAGGUCUCUCCCUACUAGGACAUCAGGAUGGACCACCACCAGGAAGUUAUUGGAAAUACUCUCAACCCAGAGCAAUCACGACCUUAGUAAACACAGACAAGCCAAGAACAGUACUCAAAUCAUCCGUUCAAUAUCAACCGAUGUAUACUGGAAUGAAGGUUACAUUGGUGGGUAGUCAAAACAAAUACUUUUACAUUCGGGUGAAUGAUACCGACAAAUCAGAUCAGCACCUUGUGUUCGGUGCAAGUGUUGUCUCAUCAACACGGCCAGAUAAUAGGUUCUCUCUAAGUAUUGAUGCUGAUCCAUGUGUUAUUGGAUCUUUUAGUUAUCCCAUUGAUGUUGACCUUGAUGGGGAUUAUCACCUUUCUGUCAUCUUUCAAAACUGUAAAAACUACGACUAUCCUUAUCUCUAUGUGACCGUGAGUUCUAAUUUUCAGCCUCAAGACAAAGGAGUGGUUGAAUUUGAGUUUGCACAAGAAAGGUACUCUGACAACACCAUUAUCAUUACUGUUCCAAGUUUUUUGAUACCGCUUACAGGUAUUUCACUUGCUGGGAUUGCUUUGAUUUAUGUCUUUAUCAAAAAGAAGAUGAGACAAACCAUUAACAAAAUUGUAGAUGAAUCGAACAUUAAGAAGGAGGAGGAGGAAAAAAAGAAGCAUGAAAGAGAUUUAUUGAGGUCAACCAAAAAAGGUACUGCUCCUCAGGCUCGAGAGGUUACAACAACAUAUUCUAAUGAGGGUAUUGUAAAUUAUGUGCAACCGCCAGUCUACCAACAACAGCAAGUGAUAGAUCAACCACCGCUUCCUUACCCCGUUCAAAAUGACGCAUAUGUCCCUCAACCAAUAUUUAAUCCUAUUGGAAUGCAAGGUAUGCAAGUUGACUAUCCUCCCCCACCUGCAUAUCCAAAUACUACUCAUCAAGCAGGAAUAAUUACCAGUACAACCACGACAACUGUACUUGUUGGCCCUCCCAUUGGUGACAACAAUUUUGCAAACACCAAACCUCACGAGCCAUAG